AGCCGCCUUAUCUUAAGUCAGAAACAACAAAUGAAUCAUUAAGCAAGGAGGUGGAACAAAGCAACUAGUAUUGCAAGGAACUUAGUUCCUGUUGGAAGAGGAGGCGAGCAACUGGAGAGAAGAGCCAGAAAGGACUGGUUUUAGAGAACUAAGGCAAGAGUAGAAACAGCCUUUUCAGAUCAGCCCCGGCAGAAGAGAAAGGAGACAACUCGCAAAAUGAAUAAUGCAAGUUCUGAAAAGAUCACAGGCAGCAUGCCGAACCCCCAGGAUCUACCCCCGCCUUAUUCUGAUGCAGUGCAGCCUCCGGUUCAACCAUCUGCCCCCAUAGCUGCUCAACCUAUGCCAAGCCACCUUUAUUAUGUCACGGCUGUCCAAGACCCAAAGGAAGUACCAAUUCUUCAGCCUGUUCCAUUCACCCCUGCAUCUGACUACCUGGUCUACUCCAUCUUUACUAUGCUCUGCUGUUGUCUACCCUUGGGUGUGGCUGCCUUAGUUUACUCUAUACAGACCCGAGAAGCCAACCAUGAAGGAAACAGUACCGCUGCACAACGCAACUCCAGAAUGGCACGGAUUUGGGCCCAUUCAGCACUCGGGGUGGGCAUUGGCAUCAUCAUCUUAUACGUCAUCUUUAGGUUAUUUGCUUACUCAGUGCUCAAAUGAACAUUGAUCAGUCUCUAAGUGACCCAAAGAGGACAUGAUGCAUCCUUUUUUUUAAAAAUGACACCCACCGGCGAGCGAUGUAUCAUAAACUUUGGGACAUGAGGAAGAAUUCAGAAAUUGCUAGGUUUCCCGAUCCAUUUUUGUCUUCUCAAUUUAUCUUCCUCAGUAUGAAUUUACAUAGGCUGCGCUCUUCCAGAAGAAAAUGACUCACAAUUUGGGGGAGGAUGGGAUGCGGAUGGCCUCCUGAACCCACAGCUUCUGCAGUGAUUAGAAAAGCCUUUGUACAGUUGGACACAUGGCAGAAUGUAUCUUUUGUUUUAUGUACACUGAGAACAUUUGCACCAAGACAAAUUCCUUGUGUGUCCAAUCACACUUGGCCAAUACAGAGUUCUAUUCUAUUCUAUCAAGAGGCUGUUCUCGUGAUAACUCAUGCGUUAGUCCUCUCCUGGAUGAAUUACUGUGAAAUUCGAUCCAUGGAGCUGCCUUUAAACAACAUUCAGAAGCUGCAACUCACCCCAAAAUGCUGCAGUGCAGGCAGUUUGGGGCAUUUCACAAGAUCCUUGUGUUCUGUGAGCUGCACUGGUUUCCAGGAGGCUUCUGGAUGCAAUCCAAGACGCUUGUUAUCACCUAGAAAGCUCCACGUUGAGCCAAAAUAGUUGCAGGAUAGCACUUAGCACUUAGACCUAUAUACCGUGUCGACCCUGAAGAUGACAUAUGUGUAGCCAUAUUUUAUAUUAGCCAGUAUUUCUUUUUCUGUUAGCUUUUAGAUUUAUAGUAACUGAAUUUACUGAUGCUAUAAGCUGGUCACUGUCUAACUGUAACAGGGGGGGUUGUACAGAUAAAGGGAGAAUGUUAUGUCUAAGCGGCCUUCCUUUCCCAUGAGAAAAGUUCAGGUGCCUGCAGCUGGAUGAAGGUGGAGUUUGGAAUUGCCAGACUGUGGGACCAAGAAGCGAUUGGA